UCUGACCGGAGGUAGCGGCGGCGCGCGCGAAGAUGCCAAGUGGCGACCGGUGAGCCGUAAAAGUGGACGCGAACCGCUGUGUUGGCGCUUUUCGUGGCUGCAACCGCCGGGCCUGGCAACGAUUCACGAAGGAACGUGCUACGUCUGUGAUUGCGCGACUCCGGUGGGCGCUGCCAACAAGACCCUGGGCUCGCUCGGACCCCUGGCACGGUCCACGCCGCUCGCCGCGUCGACGGUCAAAGGCCCCGAGGCCAGUGGCGAGGAGCCUCGUCUUUCAGACACACAGAGCACCACUUCCUUGUCACCUAAGCAGUCUAAUUGUGACUUCUCUAAGGGGGAUGUCAUGGCUGGCGACUCGACGCAGAUGUCUGCGAAACUUGCCAAGAGGGAAUCCUACAAGGCACAGCGCAAGCACUACCGGUGCGAGAAGAAGCGGGUCGCCAUGGAGCUGUCCAGCACACUUACGGACCCGUCGAUCAUUGUGCUAGCUGACUGGCUCAAGGUGCGGGGCAGCCUCAAGGGCUGGACCAAGCUGUGGUGCGUGCUCAAGCCAGGGUUGCUGCUCCUCUACAAGAGCCCGAAGAUCGCCAAGAGUAGCCAAUGGGUCGGGACCGUCCUGCUGAAUGCAUGCGAGCUGAUUGAGCGACCUUCCAAGAAGGAUGGGUUCUGCUUCAAGAUCUUUCAUCCACUUGAGCAAUCCAUCUGGGCAUCACGGGGUCCCCGAAAUGAGGCAAUAGGUGCCCUGGUGCAGCCUCUGCCAGUGAGCCACCUAAUCUUCCGGGCACCCUCCGAGGCAGCAGGCAAAUGCUGGAUGGACGCUCUGGAGCUUUCGCUUCGCUGCUCCUCACUGCUGCUGCGUUCCAUGACCUCUGGGCAUCUGCGGAGCAACAGCGGUGGUGGAACCGGGCUGGGCAACACCCGUGACUCCACGUCAUCAGCGGGAGGCAUCGGUGGGGUGGAAGCUGAGCUCUCGCACAUAGUGAGCACUCCGACCACUGCCACCUCGCAGCUGCGGCACUGGAAUGAGAGUGACCUCGAGAACCACUUCAAGGACCAAGACCUGGGUGACGAUGCACCCACGGACGACCAGCGCGACGGCACCCAGAGCUUGCGUUCGAGUGACACCGACUCCGAGGAGGAAGAGCACCAACGGCUGACAGAGGACAGUGGAGAGGCAGAGGAAGUUGAGGAGGAACCAGAGACACCGUAUCAGGAAGAGAGCAAUGAGGAACUUGGAGAGGCGGGUGAUGCAGGCCAGACAGAGGAGGUUGCAGAGGAAAAUCGCAGCCUCAUCUGGGCCCUGGUGAAGCAGGUUCGGCCAGGCAUGGACCUGUCCAAAGUGGUGCUGCCCACCUUCAUCCUUGAGCCACGGUCUUUCCUCGACAAGCUCGCUGACUACUACUACCAUGCUGACAUCCUGUCCAAGGCUGUUCAGGAAGACGACCCCUUGACACGGAUGAAGCUGGUGGUGCAGUGGUACCUAUCCGGUUUCUAUAAGAAGCCCAAGGGCCUCAAGAAGCCCUACAACCCCAUUCUUGGCGAGGUGUUUCGCUGCUGUUGGAAGCACCCAGAGACGGGCAGCCGAACUUUCUAUAUUGCUGAGCAGGUCUCUCAUCACCCGCCAAUUUCCUCUUUCUAUGUGAGCAACCGACCAGAUGGCUUCUGCAUCAGUGGAACAAUUUUGGCAAAGUCAAAGUUCUAUGGCAACUCACUAUCGGCAAUUCUGGAAGGCACAGCGCAAUUGUCCUUUUUGACGAGGGGCGAGACGUACACAAUCACCAUGCCGUACGCUCACUGCAAGGGCAUCCUCAUGGGCACCCUUACCAUGGAGCUCGGAGGCAAGGUGAACAUCGUAUCGGAGAAGACGGGCUACCGCACCGAACUCGAGUUCAAACUCAAGCCAUUCCUAGGUGGGCCUGAGUUGUGCAACUUGGUGACGGGGAAGUUGAAGCUAGGCAAGGAGACCUUGUUUCUCAUCCAGGGUCAUUGGGAUGGGCAGAUUUUCCUGCGAGACAAGAGGACACAGGAGGAGCAGGUGCUGUGGCACCCAACCCAGGAAGUGAAGUCGAAACGGCUAAAACGAUCCACAGUGCCCUUGGAGAUUCAGCAAGAAUAUGAAUCCGAAAGGCUGUGGCAGCACGUGUCGGCAGCCAUAGUACGUGGUGACCAGGUGGCAGCCACUGAGGAGAAGACUAUCCUGGAAGAGGCGCAGCGCAGGAGCACCAAGGAGAGACAAGCACGCAUGGAAGCUUGGAUGCCCCGCUUCUUCGUCCAGGACCUGCUCACUGGUGACUACCUCUACAAGCACGCCGACUCCCGGCCAUGGGACCCUCGAAAUGACGUUGUUCAGUUUGAGCGGAAUGGAGUGAUUCAGAGCAAGACUCGACAUCAGACACCCAUCGUGCCCUCGGGGGGCAGUAUUGUCAGCAUUGAGGGGAGCCCUCCUGAGAGUCAGGCUGGCCUGCGCAGGCGCAUCUUGCAUUCGAGCCCGCGGCAGGUGGCUGCUCACCUCACUCACCGCCACCAUCACCACCACAGGCACCAGCAGCAACAACCAGGCUCAGCUUCUGCGAGUUCCAAGAAAGAUAGAAAGAAGAAAGUCGCUGUUGGACAUCUCCACAGUGGUAGCUCCUCGGCUGAGCGAGGCGCCUGCUUCUCCUGUGAUUCCACCGACAGCGAAGCACUGGCAGCAGAGGCAGGCAAAGGGGUAGCAGCACGGUUGGGUCUGCAGCCAAGCCGAGCAGUGCUGUCGGGCAGCUCCAUAUCUCAAUCCCUGGGUCCCGCCCUGGCUCCUCUGCAGCGCUCCCUGGAGGAGGCGAACACCACCCUGAACACGUUACAGCGACACCUUGAACAUGUGCUGCUGCAGCAGCGACAACUUGAACACCGGCUCAGCCAGCGCAACGACGUCACACCCGUGGUCCUCAUUGUGUUUGUCCUGCUCGCAUUACAUCUUUUACUCUGGGGCUGGUUAACCUCCUGAUCGCGCUCGGCUGGCUAUGUUGUCUGACCUGCAAGGACAGCGAUACUCUUUCCAGAUGUCUGCUUGUGAUUGCCAGUGUAGCAUGCCUUGCAUGCAGUGUAUGAUACUGGUAUGGGUACUGCAGUAGUACUGGUACCUUGUACACAGUGCUGUGAUCACCUGUGUAGCAUACCCCACCUGCAGAGUAUGGUAUUGGUAUGAGUGGUGCCGGUACUAUGAUGGUACCAAUACCUAUUGUACCGAUGCAAGGUACACAGUGCUGUGAUCGCCAGUGUAGCUGCCCCACAUGUGUAUGAUAUUGGUACCAGUGGCUUUGGUACUGCAGUGGUACCAAUUCUUGAUGGUACACAGUGCAUGGCACAAGUGUGGCCGCAGCAUUGUACCGGUAACAUUGAAAGCUCCAUAGCCAUCGUGCAUGCGACAACACUAAGCUAAGGAAGGUGAGUGUGGUAGACUUCCACACCCCCCUCUGCGUCGUAGAGCCGCGGAUACAGUGGGGGUACCAGUACACAGCUUGACGGCGGCUCUGGUCAUACAGAUGCUGGUUAUGGAAUUUUUGAGGUGGACUGGGUCACUUUCUUCGUGUACAAAGACUAAUGGAAGCUUAGGAAAAAGGGCAUUGGACCCGUAGUUUAUUUUGUACAUAGGAAUAGGGUUCUGCAAGUGUGGGUGUGGUAUAAUUGCAAGUGUUGAGUAAGUGUAGAUCUUGAAUGUAGGCACAUCAUGAACUUGGCUGUGUCACUGUACCCCUCAGUACUGCCAGGAAGAGUGCGUGGUUUCUCACGUCGAAAGCUGCAUGGUGUGGAUAAGUAAGAGGAGACCUCUGCCCUGUGUUACAUAAAUAUCAGGUGAGCUUUUCAAGUAUGGCAACUGCCCUCACAUACCAGCCUCUCUGUGCCAUCUGGUUCUGGACAUUGCUGUCAGAAGGACAGCUCUGUUCUAUGGUAAUAGCGCCCUGAGUGUUUGGAAACCAGUGCUGACCACUUAAGUUGGGCCACUGUACAUAAAAAAAGACAUGCAACCAUCAGUGUUACUGCUGCAAUGAGCUACGUGAUGCCACUUCAUUUAGUGUGGCUCAGCUUUCUUUUGUUAGCUGGGGAAGAAAGUUGAGCUUCUUGGCCAACCUCCUGCACAUGAUAAAACAGCUUUAGAUAUCAUGAGCAUCUUGAGUGUGCACCUAUAGCACCACUGUGUGGUUUAGUUAAAGCAAAAGGUCCUCCCUCCCCCUUUUUUCUCCUGUGUGAAUGAAAGUAUUUUAGGUGUUCAGAAAAUACGCUAAAGUUGAUGGGCUGACUAUUCAUCACUGAAAGAACGCUCCAAGUGAAGAGAUUGGAUGGGGGAUGUACGGAAGGUUCAUCACUACACAGCUUGUAACUUUAGUUCGGUGUGACAAAAAGAAAAGAAAAAGCAAGCAAACGAAACGAAACAAAAUUGCUUGUCAAAACUGUCUUCACGCACAUGGAGGCAAGUGUCUGAGAAGCAUUCUGUUAUGGGCUCAUCUUUUUCGUGUAGCUGGAACUGCAAUGAAUGGCAUUGAAUACAUUCUGUAGAGGAAACAGAUUCUGCAGUUGUGACUGCACUUAGCACCUCUCUCUGUGGUCAAGGCACUGCUGCAUUUCUGGGGCUCUGCAACCAAAUUUGGAACGUGAGAAUGUCGCCCACCUUUUGUUCUCAAAUAUGCGAACUAUCAAGCAAGCAUGGUGGUUGCGAGUCUCUUGGAAUGUCUUCAUAGCAUACACACUUGUUCGUGGUGGUACAUAUCCCAGUUAAUAUAACGUUAAUAUCCCAGUUACACAGGGAACUUUCGAUCGUGACUGAGUUUAUUGACAUCAAAUUACAUGAUCGUGAAUGGCUAUUUUGUGCUUGCUGCAGAAGGGAGCUGCAGAAGAGAAAUUCAAUCCCUAUCAGGCUUGAUCGGGAUCAAAAGUGCCCGUGUGGCUCAGAUAUAAGUAUUAUUAUCUGUGCAUAACAAAAGAUCCUGUUCUGCUCUGAGGUGGAUCCAAUUUAUUGAUUUUGCCGUCUUUGAAAAGUCUUACUUUCUACCUGAUCUGCCAGCCAUACCUUCAUCGAUACAGAAUGAAUUCUGUAUUUUGUAAGGGCGUGUACUUUCUUAUUGAAGUUUACAGGUUUAAACAUGAACGUAAUGUGCAGUGCUUUGUGCUUCUUUAUGGCUUGAUUUUGUAGAAUCUGAGGAGACAGCUGGCACGUCUUUUUACCACUAAAAUAGCUAAAGCUCAGCAUGAUGGUCACUGUGACCAAACAAAUGCUGUAAAAAAGAUUUUCACUGAAACCAGCACAUAUAUGUGCAUUACUAUUAUGCAUGGUAACUUCGCACUGCAAUCAUGCUUCUGUGCAAAACAUGAAAAGGGAAAACACCCCAUUUGCUAUUAACAGUUGAUGACCACUUGUUUAAGGCAUGUUUGCUGCUAAUGAAGAAAUUACGUUUUAUAAUUUGUGUGGAGAAUAGAGCGGAGUUCGGGCACGAAUGAGCCAAGCUGUGAACGAAGUUUCAGUGAGCGCAAUAGUUUUGAAUGAUAAACUAACACAUGGUCGUGUUCUUCAUAAGGGAUGGCAGGGUGACACACACAAUGCUUAUUGAGAGAACUUGCAAGUGCAAUGGUCUUGUCGAGCAGGCUGUGGGCGGUAGCAGUUCAUGUGAUGCCAGUCAUGGCUGUGUACUUUGUGAAUGUAGACAAAGUAUUUGAAGUGUAGAGUUUGCAUAGUUAGGAGGUGACAUACGAUGAGCGUGCAAGAGACGAACUGAGAAGUGAAUGUUAUUGCUGAAUGAUGGUACUUGUAGCAACUGUACACUUCGUAGCACGUGCAGUGUCGGCUUUGACUGUUACUCUGUGCUUCACUGUUGUAUAUCUGUACUGCUAACUGCAACUGCAAGCUACUCUCUCACUUAGGGAGACCAUACGAGUCUGAAAUUACAGAAUAUGCGCUAGCAUUCUAAAAAAAAAAUCUUCAGGUUCACAUAUGACUUUAGGAUCUCGGAACUUUAGCUCUGGAGCAUAGAACGGCACGUUGUGGCAUUUCGAGGAAUCACUUAUGUAUACGACUGGGCCACUGGUCUUUGCGCUUAGGACACAAAUAUGUCAUUGCACAGAAUGUUGCGCAUGCUCUUUUUUUUACAUGCUUGCACUUGUACUGAUGUGUUGCCAUGCAGUUGCAGCAUCCUGCUUGUGCGAAUUGCACGGAAAUGCAUUACCACACACUGCUGACCCAUAGUUUCUAGAUACAAAUGCCUGUUAUGCCAUCCACUACUGUUGUGCGAGGAGCAAGGUGUCCUGCAACCAGAUUACAGCGUGAGAAAACGGGCACAUUUUCAAAGCAGAAAGUAUGCUUCUGAUAGUGCAAAUAUAUAGUGUUAUCUCUCAACAAGCGGUUGAUCAACUGACAGGCAGUUGCCGUAGCUAGGCUACAGUUGAUGCGUGCUGGAAGGACGUGGUAAUGUAGAGGCCAACUGCAACGAAUAUUUUAAUUUGGCUAAAUGGCCUACAAAUUGGUGUACAUUGAAGCAACUUUGGAAAUGCUGAAAAUCUUGCAACUGUAUAGCUUUCUUAUUAACAGCCUUUAAAUGGUACUUUAGAUUAUGACAUGUGGUUAGCUGAUGUGGUUAGCUGAUAUGACAAAAGCCCGGAAGCAUGGCCUCCGAGAUUUUCAACGUGCUGCUGGCACUGCCAUAUCUCUGAGGUCACACAAAGAAGGUGCACUGGUUCGCAACAUUCUGUUUAUACCUAUUGAUGCGUCCCACCCCCCCCUUACUUUGGUAUCAAAAACCAACUAUUUGUAUUUCUUUUCAUGGGACAUCCACUCGUUAUUUGAAAUGUAAAAUUUUGGACGGAGUCUGAAACUAGGCCUUUUACGCAGUUUAAAGCUUUGUUCCAGUUGGCCUCUUAAAUACAGCCAUAGCUGGGAUCUCUUGAAGAAGAGAAGGCAGCUGGCCAUUUCACAUACAAUUGCUGUCAGCCUAUGCGUACGUUAACCCUGAUAAAGUGGUAUUUAUGCACAAUUACAUCCUAACUUAGCCGACUAGUUCGCAUAGCAUCUGAGAAAGCGGGACAAUUUUGGUAGUCUUUCAUCACUUGUCGAUUGUGGUUUUACAGAGCAGCGUAUGCCGUGUGAGAUUUUGUUGAAAAGCUCGUUAAAUGAGGUCAUCUACUGCUAGUUGAUGUUGUCAAGCCCAAGUACUAAUCUUGCUUUGUCUGUCUCGAAGUACACUUUAAAAGAUGUCGAGCCUGUACUGUAGUUCAUCCUGAGUGGCAGUACAAAUAUCUACGACGCACUGCAUAUCACAGGGGCCUACCUGCAUAAAGGCACGUCUACAGAGGUCAAGAACAACUGAACUGUAGCUUCAAAGAAAAACUUGGGUCUGCUUUCCAUGCUUACGCGAAAAGCUUCAGCAGGUUGAGAUCACAAAUCUCAAAGUACUAAGUCUCGGCUUGCAAACUUUAUGUAAUGUAGGGCGUUUCUCUGUGCAAAUGUUUGUAAAAAAUCCUCCUAUCCGUGCACACUACUUUGGACUGGAGGACACACUGGUUACCUUGUCGCAUAAUAGAUAGUGUGAAGAAACCAGAAAAUUAUCGCUGUUUUUAUACGGAAUAGGAGAGCGGUAAUAACCUUUAUUAAAGCUGACAUGCCUUUAUAUUAUGCCAGUUGUUUCAGUUUUUUGUAAUGCUUGAGAUCACUCUUGCUUUAGCACCGAAGCAAAGGCUCAAUGUCUUGUGCAGUGGAUAGAAACUCUCGUUUGCCCCUUUUUUGGUUGAAUGAGCACUUGAGCACCCGUAUUUUAAUUGGUGCUGAUGUCGCAUCAUGUGGUUGCGGCAAUUUUUUUAAUAACUGUCACGUUCAACAAAUUAAUUGAUGUUACGAGUCAAAUGUUAUUUUUUUAUACACAAUUGUUUAGAGCACUUGUAUUGCAAAUGAACUUCUGUUAUUCAUUCUAGAUUUGAUUUUGUUUGCAAGCCUGCUAUGGGGGGUGGCUUUCGAAAGAAAUUUGUUUAACAGUGCAUUGUGGCCAUUGCUGCUACUAUAGCUGCGCAGUUUUGCACUUUAAAAUGCAUUGAUAACUCUUCAAGAUUGGGAGUGUUUGUAGAUGGUGAAGUCUUAUUACUAGCAUUCACUUUCUAAUUAUUCUUUUAAUAUACUGCUGCUUUUGCCUCCAAAACACUCGCCUCUAGCAUUGCAUUUUGCUUACACUCAGCUUACGUGCAUACGUAACCAAUCUUAACUCGACAGCAGUUAUAACUUACUGGAUUGUAGAUUGCCGAAUGCAAGAGCUUCUCUUUUGUUUAAGUUGAUCUUGUAUCGUCUUUAUCUUUCAGGUGAGAAUUCUCAAUUCACUUCUUGUGCCUCAAUGUUAACCUCGUAGGUAGGACACCUUUAGAGGUAUGAGGAGUGGAUGUGUACCAAAUAUGCUUUGCAGAUGAUGGAACGACGUUGCAUCACGAAAAUGUGUGUGGUUUUGGGAUGGUAAGAGGGCACAGUGCACGCAUCUUUCGCUUCUUCUAUUCACUGCAGCCUGAAAUGCUCCUAAAGCCUGCAGCUUGUACUUGAAUGUAUUUAAGCUUUUGUUCAUGUGAUAUGGGAACUACUAGACAACUUGUGCUCUUCGUAUGCAGCUUGGUUGCUAUUGGAAAUUGUGGGGAGCCUCACAUUGCUAGUCGUUCGCAAAGUGGCAUUUCUGUGCUGAGUGAAUACAUUAUUAUGCGUGUAUGCUUCUGUUUUUGGGCUUAUACUCUGCAGAUUGUAAAUAUCUUUGUCUGUAUACGUACUGCUGUUCUUUUGUAUCUUAUUGCUUGGAUUAUUCUCAACCAUGCUGGCAGUUAGCAUUCACUUGGACAAGCAAAAGAAUGCCUGCCGUACUGUACUAUUUGAAGCGGUUCACUAAUGUGUUCCUCUGUGUAUAGUUCGUAAAACGUGUUGCGCUCUUCCAUAGAUGCACAUUUCAGUAUGUAUGUUGCAUCCUUAAUUGUGCCAUGAUUUUGCAGUAUUUGACAUGCACCUUUGCAUCUGUUACCUGAAUUUAGUUGCUGGCAUUAUGAGCAGACAUGCAUUUAUUUUAAUUUUAUCUGUCCGCUGUUUACGCUGUGGUCGCAUACCACAGCAGCAUGUGUGUCAAGAGUGAAGAUGAAUUGUUGAACUUGGGAUUUAAGAUUUUUACAUGCGACUUGUGUAGCUGAUGAGGCCGACGACGUUCCUUCAUGGUGAAGCUGUGUCGUACCGUUGUACACUUGUCGAGUUGUUUUUAUAGAGCUGGUUACUGUAGCAUGUAAAUAAAGAAAAAGUUACGAACAGCG